UUUAAAAGUUCUCAAACUUUCUAAUGAUGUCCCGGCUGGAUAUAUAGCUCAGUUGGUAGAGUGCUUGCCUUGCAAGUACGAAGCCCUGGGUUCGAUCCCCCUAUUCCCUGACCAUAUCGAAGUAGUUGCAGCAACAAUCAUCCAGGCCUGGUUUCCUCAGUUCCCCAGGUCCAGAAAAGCUCUAGCCACUCCGAUAGUCGCUAGUAGCAUGUCUGUCUGCUGGUAACAGACCCCCUAAAUAUUAAUAGUCUCUUCCCAACCCAUAGGAUAAAUUAGACCCACAGUUUUUUCUCCAUAUCCGAUUUCCUCCAGGUCCUGGGGGUAAAAAGGGGGCAUUUUUAUCCCUCACCUCACCACCCAUCUCAUGCUAGCCAGGGAGUGGCUCUGAUGACAAAAGUCAAAACUUAGAAAUAUUCUAUGAGGUGGUGAAGAAACAGGGAUCUAAAAAAAGCACAAACUUACUGUAUCAGCUCCAGGUUCUGGAGGGUGGUCGCCCAACCAUUCACCCCAAAUAGUAAACAUGCCAGGAGUUAAGAGUUACAACAGUGAACAAAUGAACCUUGGUUCGGGUCCCCUCCUGAUUUUCCAAUUUCAGAGAGCAGAAGCUGAACGUCCUCCCAACCCUACGUCCCUUUCCUUCCUGGCUACAGAGGGCGGGACCGAGAGAGACGCAUGCGCAUAGGAAGAUCCGCCUUCGAACCGGAACUUCGAUACCUGGACGCAUAGGAACACCCGGCCAUUGUACAGUGCACUGCCGGAAGUACCUCUAGAGUGCGCGGGGUUGAGAUUGGUGUGCGGAUCCUGCGGCGGCGGUUAAGUCAGAGAGACUGGAUGGAGGCAGUGGCGGCAAAGGAACCCGAUGAGGGCUGCACGGAGCCCAAACCUGGGCACUGGGGAGAGUUGGACUGGACACUGGUCCCAUCCAGACCAGAAGGCAAGGCAGAAGCAGCAGAGAGCUCACCAGGGGCCCUGGACAGUGACAUUCCUGGAGCUGAGAAUGCAGCAGUCAGUGCCAUGCUGCAUGCUGUGGCUGCCAGCCGCCUCCCUGUGUGCAGCCAGCAGCAGGGUGAACCUGACUUGACAGAACGUGAGAAGGUGGCCAUCCUGGGCCAGCUGUACCACGAGAAGCCACUGGUGUUCCUGGAGCGCUUCCGCACAGGCCUCCGAGAGGAGCACCUUGCCUGCUUUGGCCACCUGCGUGGUGACCACCGUGCUGACUUCUACUGUGCUGAGGUGGCUCGGCAGGGCACUGCUAGGCCACGCACACUGCGUACCCGCCUGCGUAACCGGCGCUAUGCUGCACUGCGUGAGCUCAUCCAAGGGGGUGAGUACUUCAGCGAUGAGCAGAUGCGCUUCCGGGCGCCCUUGCUCUAUGAGCAGUACAUUGGGCAGUACCUCACUCAGGAGGAACUCAGCGCCCGCACCCCAGUGCCCCAGCACCCCAGACCUGGCUCCCCUGGCACACCUGCCUGCCCACUCUCCGACCUACUGCUCCAGUCCUACCAGGAGCGGGAGUUGCAGCAGCGGCUGCUCCAACAGCAAGAGGAAGAGGAGGCCUGCUUGGAGGAGGAAGAAGAGGAGGAGGACAGCGAUGAAGAAGACCAGAGAUCAGGCAAGGACUCGGAGACCUGGGUGCCCGACUCGGAGGAGAGGUUGAUCCUGCGGGAAGAGUUCACCAGCCGGAUGCACCAGCGCUUCCUAGAUGGCAAGGAUGGGGACUUUGACUACAGUGGACGACAACCCUGACUUUGACAACUUGGACAUUGUGGCGCGGGAUGAGGAAGAGAGGUACUUUGAUGAGGAAGAACCUGAGGAUGCACCCAGCCCAGAACUGGAUGGGGAUUGAUGGCUACCACCCCUCCAGCCAGCUGUCCGCCCUUCCCAGCCCAACAAGGCAACUGAUCACAGGCUGGUUCAGUGACUCUUUCUCCAGAGGGACAUUAGUGCAGCACCCCUGCCCCAUGGGAUUUGGUGUCAUCUCUACAACACCCCCACCUCUUUCUGGAGUUCCCAGCCCUUCUCCCUCUUUUCCCCACUCUCCUCCUGUGCCCUGCCAGUCUUUUUCUUUCUUACUGUCUCUCUUCUGAUUUUCUUUCUGUGUCUCUCACCCUCUAUCACUGCCCCUUUUCUCCUCUUCCCAGGUCUGGCCACUGUUGUCUGCCUCCCCCAUUCUCCCACUCUGUACCCUGGGCUCUGUCCCCACAGCAUGGGAUAAAUGUUCCUCCUGGACUGAGGCCAGCCAGUGGGGCCUAUGGUGGCUGGAGCUGGUGAGAGUGAUUCCAGUGUCCAGCACCCUGGGGGAGGGGCUGCACCUGGGCCCAGCCCAGCUGUGCUAGGCUCCCUGGCUCCACCCUGCUCUCCUCCACCUCUCUGCUGUGUCUGCAGGGCUGCUUGGCUCAGCACCUCUUGCUCCUGUUCUGUUCCCAUCUUUCUUUGCCUCUCCUGGGCCCAUUGUUCUUUCUGCCUGUACAUUUCCAUUUCUCUCCCAGCCUCGGUGCUGCCCCUGCCCCUCUCUACCUCAGUCUUUAUCUCUCUGGGUUUCAGUCCCCCACCCCCACCCCAGCCCUGUACCCAUGCACAGAACUGGCUGCAGGGGCUGGGGGCAAGGGGAACCCAGAGGGCUACACAGAAGCAGAACUGGGGAUCCUGGGGCCUGCCAGCUUGAGUGUGGGAGGGGGACUCUCCCCACCCCCUCCCACCCAGCCACAAGUUUCCCUUCCUUCACUUCCUCCGCCUCCCUCUCCCUCUCCUGUUUACACUCCCCAAAUACGCACAGGCUGUUAUCAUGGGUCCUGAGUCAUCCCACACACGCAGCCUGCCCCAGCAGCCUCCCUGCCCCCAGCCAGCCACAGGGCCCGCCCCAUAGAGCCCCCUGCCGCCCUGGGCUAAUGGGAGCCAGAUGGCCGCCUGUGACUCAGCCAUGGCUGUGGGAACCCAGGCGUCCCACCUUCCCAUGCCCCAUCACCCAGCCCUUGUUCCCCCCGCAGACAGAAGGAACUGGUCACUUGGGGUGGGAGCUCAGGCCAAGGGUCAGUGGGGCUAGGCCCAGGAACCCCUCACUUGUGAGAAGGAAUUGUGACAUCUUGCCCUGACCAGCCUUGAAGGACCCUCAGAAGCACCUCCUGGGGCCAUGGUUCCUGACCCUGGGCCUCUGGGUCAAGUAGGAUCAGCACCAGACAUGGAAAGUGAGAGCUGAAUGGAGGCAGCGGAUGUGCAGAUGGAGAGAGUUAAAUAAUGAGAGCUGCUGGGCACUCGGGUCCUGUGCCAGGCCGCACCAGGUGCCUGAUGCUGUGCCGAAGCCUCUGAGUAGCUGCUGGCUCUUCUGCAGCUGGUCAAGGAGCCCUGGAACAGACUCCUCCUCAAGGCACUCCGGCCUCCGAGGCAGAACCAAGAUGAAACUACUCUGCCUGCUGCCUGGCAGAUAUAGGGCCACCCGAGUAAGACAAGUGGGAGGAGGACAGGACACAGUGACACCAGGGAGCCUCCACAGAAAGGAGACAUCACACGAAAGUCAGCACUGGGGUGACUGGUCAGUACAGCAGUCCUGUGCGGGGUGUCUGGCAGUGUCACUAAUUCUGUCUCCCAGAGGACAUACAGCAGUAAGGCCCAAAAUAAUCCAGUCAGCUGGACUCAGGACUCCU